UUUUCCCUUUUUGGCUAACAAUUUCCCAUCAAAACCCGGGGGCUAUCUUCGCAGUCCUUUGCAUUCGGCAUAUGUUGAAAUUCAGGCUAUUAUCGCGAUUUUCUUAUCUGAAAGCAGUGAUCAAGAAUUAAAUUGUAGAUGAUUAUUACGGCAGGAAUUAAAUAUGGUCCAUUAAGGAUUCUUAACAUUUGGUGAAAGCAUGCGAAAUUCAACAGUAUAUCGUACACCGCGCUUAACCACGUCCGUCAACAGCACAAAUCUAGUUGAUGUAUCACGUAAACAUGAUUAUAUAAAAACAUCUGUUGUAAAUACACAAUAAUAUUUCCGAAACACACGACACUGUAAAAAAAGUACUGCGAAUCCGUGUUUAUUAGAAUUCGAAUUUCUCACUAAUAAUUCACCACAAUUUUUUGCAGAAUUGCAAAUAGCUAUAUAUAAUAGACGAUAUAUGUGUUCCACCCUGCACAAGACAACGAACAUCGUCUGCUAUUAAGAUAUAUAGUAGUCGACAGUCGUCUGCUAUGGCCGUACGCUGUAUCACGGCACCGUAGCUCUCCUGUAAAUAGUGUGUAAAAUUAUAAUAUUAAGACUGCGGGUAAUACGCAUACGCGCCUUUUGGGCGUCUCUGUCUGAAGGACAACUCGGAAAAAAUCCAUAUAGCAAAGUCAACACGCAUGCUCACGUGGUUAAUUAUACUGCACUUGUGAUAUCGCGCCUCGCGUGGACGUUCGUAUUGUUUCUUGAUACAACUUUUCAUGGUCAAUAAUAAUUUAGUCAAAAUUAUUGAUAGCAACAUGUCAAUGAAAGAAAAAAUAGCAAAACUUCAACACCCAAUUGUUAUGGCCUUUGGCAAUCCAUUGCUCGAUGUACUUAUAAUCAAUGAUGAAGAUAAUUUGUUAACAAAGUAUAAUUUGAAAAUUGAUGGACAAACUGAAUUAGAUCGGAAGAAAAUAGAUCAGCUGUUUAACGACUUACCUAAUGAGUCAAAAAGAAUAACAAGUGCUGGUGGCUGUGCUUUGAAUACUGUAAGAAUAUUACAACAUUUAUGUGGUAGAAAAAAUGGACCAAAAAUGUGUAUCUACUAUGGAGGUCUAGGUAAUUGCACUAGAGGAGAAACAUUGAAAGAAUUAGUAAAAUUAGCAAAUGUCGAUGCAAGGUAUGCUAUUCAUCCAUCAUUACCAACUGGAAUAUGUGUUUCUAUUAUCAAAGACACCUAUCGAAGUUUAGCAGCUAAUUUGGGGGCAGCUGGAAUUUACACCCUUAACGAUCUCAACAAAACAGAUCUACCUCUUGAUUGUGUUAGGAUUAUUUACAUUGAAGGUUUUUUUAUAACUCACAGUAUGGAUGUAGCCAAGGCAGUUGUAGAAAAAGCACAAGAAAAAGAUAUAAUAUUAGCAUUUAAUCUCAGUGGAACUUAUGUUUUCGAGGAACACUGCAAUGAAAUUUGUGAAAUGGUUGGUUUAGCCAACAUUAUUUUUGGAAAUGUAGAAGAAAUGAUAGCCUUAGCAGAAUCAUUAAAUCUCCAAUACAGUAAUUCUGCUGACAUUCCCUUUCUUUUGAAUAAUUUAAAAAGAGUAACAGUAAAUGCAUCAAAUUCCUGUAGCAAUAACUGGCUCAUAAGUGAUAGCAUUGUUGUAAUGACUCAAGGUGGGUCAGAUCCUGCUAUAGUAGUUUGGGGUCAAGGUAACCAUGCAAGUUGUGAUCCAAUGAAACCCACCUCACCUAUUGUGGAUACAACUGGUGCAGGAGAUUCUCUCGUAGCUGGGUUUUUGGCUGGAUUAAUCACUGAUCAAGAUCCAGAGACUUGUUUGAAAUGGGGCUGUAAAGUGGCUGCAAAAGUAAUAACCAAUUUUGGUGCCACUAUAUCUGGAAAUGAUCUCCCAGAUGAUUUUUUGCAAUAACAUUCAAUUCUGUUUUACAUUUAUCAUAAAUCAGAAUAGAUUGAUCAGAAGGACAAGCUCAAGAUUUCUAGGUAGUACAAAACAAGUGCUAUGAUAAAAAAGUAUUAAUAUAUUUUCAUAUUGAUAAUUUUGUUGCAACUUCAAUUGACUCUUGCUGAUUGUGAUGGUCUAGAUCUUAUAUCUGAAACAGUACAAAUCAAAAAGCUGUUAAAUUAAAUGUAUACCAAUAAAACCAUGGCUCUGUUAUGGAAUACAGAAUGGAAAGCACACAAGUAUUUUAUUGGUAUAUGUGUGAAGGUCUCGUCAUUAUUUAAACGUUGGCUUUUUGAAUAAGAGUUUUUGUUUUUGAAAGUUUACGAAUCUAGUCUAUGCAUUGAAUCUGUACUUGAUUGCAUAUAGUUUGUUAUAAGAUUAAUGUCAUAAAAAAAAUAUAUAUAUAUACAAAUAUAAGAGUUGAUAUUUUACGUCAUAAGUAAAUAAAUCAAAAGUCUGCCUUGAAAAAUAUAUAAUAAUCGAAAUACUAUCUAUGUAAAUACACAGAAUAGAGUAAUAUGUUAUAAAUUUU